CUCAGAACCCGGACCCUUCCCCCGGCAGAGAAGGCUGUCCUGCGGAAGGAGGGAGGCUGCAGGGUGGGAGUGGCAGAAGAGGCUCCAGGCUGAAGUGGAAAAGAACCUGCAGGUGCAGAAAGGUGACUUCUGAACAAGUUCUGCAAAGAACACAGCGUGAGAGCUUUGCCCGAGGAGUGCUCUAAGUCUAAAGUGACUUCAAGAUACACAGCAAUGACAACAAGAAAAAAUAAGUAGUAGAAAAAUAUAUUACAAGCUACAACCCUAUGCAGUUAAGAGGAGGAAAGAAGAUUGUGAUGAAAAAAAAAGAGGCUUGGAAAGCGAGCAGAAGGCUACAGCAAUACAAAGACUGUGCUGAUCGGGAGGUUAUAUCUGUGAACCCCUGGCAUAAUAUUUGAAUUAUAAAUAUAAAAGAAUGGCAAGUCCUCUACCUCCCUAUCCUAAAUCACGCACAGGGGAGAAGUUGCAUCAGUGUAUGGAAUGUGGGAAACAAUUUGAUUGGAAAAGUUCUCUUACUAGACAUGAACGGACCCACACAGGGUAGAAGCCCUAUAAAUGCAUGGAAUGUGGAGGAAGCUUCAGUCAGAGUGGCAGUCUACGUUCCCAUCAAAGGACCCACACAGGGGAGAAGCCACAUAAAUGCAUAGAAUGUGGAGAAAACUUCAGUUGGAGUGGCAGUCUACGUUCCCAUCAAAGGACCCACACAGGGGAGAAGCCACAUAAAUGCAUGGAAUGUGGAAAAAGUUUCAGUCAGAUUGGCAAUCUGCGUUCCCAUCAAAGGACCCACACAGGGGAGAAGCCACAUAAAUGCAUGGAAUGUGGACAAAGCUUCAGUCGGAGUGACAGCCUACGUUCCCAUGAAAGGACCCACACAGGGGAGAAGCCAUAUAAAUGCAUGGAAUGUGGAGAAAGCUUCAGUUGGAGUGACAGCCUACGUUCCCAUCAAAGGAAGCACACAGGGGAGAAGCCACAUAAAUGCAUGGAAUGUGGAAAAAGUUUCAAUCAGAUUGGCAAUCUGCGUUCCCAUCAAAGGACCCACACAGGGGAGAAGCCACAUAAAUGCAUGGAAUGUGGACAAAGCUUCAGUCGGAGUGGACAUCUACGUUCCCAUGAAAGGACCCACACAGGGGAGAAGCCAUAUAAAUGCAUGGAAUGUGGAGAAAGCUUCAGUUGGAGUGACAGCCUACGUUCCCAUCAAAGGAAGCACACAGGGGAGAAGCCCUAUAAAUGCAUGGAAUGUGGAGAAAGCUUCUGUCAGAGAAGCAGUCUAUGUUCCCAUAAAAUGACCCACACGGGGGAGAAGCCCUAUAAAUGCAUGGAAUGUGGAGAAAGCUUCCGUCGGGGUGACAGUCUACGUUCCCAUCAAAGGAAGCACACAGGAGAGAAGCCAUAUGAAUGCAUGGAAUGUGGAAAAAGCUUCCGUUGGAGUGGCAGUCUACGUUCCCAUCAAAGGACCCACACAGGGGAGAAGCCACAUAAAUGCAUGGAAUGUGGAAAAACCUUCCUUCAGAGUGGACAUUUACGUUCCCAUCAAAGGACCCACACGGGGGAGAAACCACAUAAAUGCAUGGAAUGUGGAGAAAGCUUCAGUCACAGUGGAAGUCUACGUUCCCAUCAAAGGAAGCACACAGGGGAGAAGCCACAUAAAUGCAUGGAAUGUGGAAAAAGUUUCAGUCAGAUUGGCAAUCUGCGUUCCCAUCAAAGGACCCACACAGGGGAGAAGCCACAUAAAUGCAUGGAAUGUGGACAAAGCUUCAGUCGGAGUGACAGCCUACGUUCCCAUGAAAGGACCCACACAGGGGAGAAGCCAUAUAAAUGCAUGGAAUGUGGAGAAAGCUUCAGUUGGAGUGACAGCCUACGUUCCCAUCAAAGGAAGCACACAGGGGAGAAGCCACAUAAAUGCAUGGAAUGUGGAAAAAGUUUCAAUCAGAUUGGCAAUCUGCGUUCCCAUCAAAGGACCCACACAGGGGAGAAGCCACAUAAAUGCAUGGAAUGUGGACAAAGCUUCAGUCGGAGUGGACAUCUACGUUCCCAUGAAAGGACCCACACAGGGGAGAAGCCAUAUAAAUGCAUGGAAUGUGGAGAAAGCUUCAGUUGGAGUGACAGCCUACGUUCCCAUCAAAGGAAGCACACAGGGGAGAAGCCCUAUAAAUGCAUGGAAUGUGGAGAAAGCUUCUGUCAGAGAAGCAGUCUAUGUUCCCAUAAAAUGACCCACACGGGGGAGAAGCCCUAUAAAUGCAUGGAAUGUGGAGAAAGCUUCCGUCGGGGUGACAGUCUACGUUCCCAUCAAAGGAAGCACACAGGAGAGAAGCCAUAUGAAUGCAUGGAAUGUGGAAAAAGCUUCCGUUGGAGUGGCAGUCUACGUUCCCAUCAAAGGAAGCACACAGGAGAGAAGCCAUAUGAAUGCAUGGAAUGUGGAAAGAGCUUCUGUUGGAGUGACAGUCUACAUUCCCAUCAAAAGACUCACAGGGGAGAAGCCAUAUGAAUGCAUGGAGUGUGGAGAAGGCUUCAGUCAGAGUGACCAUCUGCAUUUCCAUCAAAGGACCCACACAAGGGAGAAGCCAUACAAAUGUACCCAAUGUGAAAAGAGCUUUAGAAAAAGUUCAGCAUACA